UUCUCGCACCCUCUCAUCACUAGCUAGAUGUCCGGACUAGAAGCAAUCUUGUCAAACCCGGCGUACCAUGACUAUCUUGCUAUCCUGAAGGGUGCCCGGAAUGGCUUCGUCUAUGGCGUGAAAGUGCGCUUCCCCCAUGCACUAAUUAUGGCCAUCCUCUUCGGCCGCGGAGAUUGGCAGACUCGGCUGAAGACGAUAUAUCGCGCCACAAGACAACACGCAUUCAACCUCGCCAAGUUUGUCUCGCUAUACAAGACCUUGCUGCUUGUUCAGAAGAAGGUCAACGGCGGAAAGGAGCGCAGCUUCGACACGUUCAUUGCAGGGUUGAUUGGAGGCUAUAUUGUCUUCGGGGAGAGGAGCGCCGUCAACGAGCAGAUCGUGCUAUACGUCUGCUCUCGCGUAGUUGCGUCCUUCCUUGCUCGCGCGAAGACGCCAUACUCGAACGCUCCGGCGGCCUCCGGCAGGCCGCUCCCGCCAGACUCGCGCCAGUUUUCCAUCUUCGCGGCGGUCUGCUGGGGUGCGGUAAUGUGGCUAUUCAAGGAACGCGGGGAGACGAUACAACCUGGCAUGUUCAACUCCAUGACGUAUCUUUACCGGGACUCCGAGCACUGGGAUAGCUUGAAGACGUUGCUUUGGCACAACAAGUGAUACCCUCGUGCCUGUUCCGCCAAUUUUCAGGACCAUGGACGCUUUGUCAUCAUAUAGAUCUUCAUGUAGAUACAUACGCUUCGCUAUCAGACUACAAGCCAUGAACUGCCUCAUAUAUUGGACGUCGAAGCACCAUAUAUAUGUUUGGCCAGAAUACAUGUAGUCUGCUAACGGCGCACUCUCCCCGCCCG